AAAGAGUUAUUGAAAACAUUGACUCUUCACUGUUGUGAAGUGAGGACCAUUGCAAGGAUGAAAGCUGCACUGUUGAUCAUUCUGUUGGCAUCCAUCUGCCUGCUCCAUGCUGCAGCUGACUCUGACAGUGUUGCUGUAUUUCCAGACCUUGAUAUCCAAAAGCUUUCUGGGACAUGGUAUCCCACAGCAUAUAUCCUUAAAAACAAGAAGGCGGAAAACAUAAUCCCCUUUGAUGAUGUAAUCGAGCCUUCUGGUGAAGGAGAUAUACUUCUCAAGUUGCGCUACGUUAAAGAUGGAAACUGUGAGGUGACUGAACUUGAUGUGGUGCACACAGAUCAGGCUCGCAUAUUCCGGGUUCCUGUUACCUCUGAAACUGUACACAUAGUGGAUGCAGAUUAUGAAAGUUACCACUUGGUACAUGUUAUACGGGAUGACAGCUUCAGCUUGUAUCUCUUAAGCAGAACACGAGAAACAUCAGAGGAUGUGAAAACAAAAUUCAAGAACCUCGCUGUGACUCUGGGAUUUGAUGUGAACCAAGCAGUCUAUGACCACUUGGCAGUUCUCAUCAAGGGACUGAGCAGCAAAAAUGGUGCUGGAAAAAAAACUGCCAUAGUGACCGCUCUCUUUGUACUCAACCUAACAUGGGGUUCCUGA